UUGUACAGGGUACUGUUGUAAAAAAAAAAAAAGAAAAAAAAUUUCUGCACGAUUUUUAUCGUUCCGCAUGUCGCCUCGAAAACGAAGACGAAUGACGAAAUAGAAAACGAAUUUUAAAGGGUGAAUUUUGCGUCGAGAACAACCUAGCUCGCAUGAAGCGCUAGCAACUGACAGCUAACGUUAAUAGUAUUGUGUAGCUCGUUGUUAGUUUAGUUUCUUUUUUAUCGGGCAACUUGAUAAACAGCAUAGGAAAGGAUCAGAAAACUAUUUUAGCUGCAAUUUAGCAGCUAACCUGGUAUUGUGAUAAAGUUAGUGUCAUCAGUAUUUUAACUGACAGUUGUGUUUAUUUUUGUUAUGAUUAGCAUGCUAAGCUAGUUUGUAGCGCGAGCUGGCAUUCAUCAUUUUGGAUUUACAUCUUUACCUCUAAUAAACAUCACCCUUCAUACAUCGGCAUUAUAGUGCCAUUUACUGUCGUCUUCACACGGCAAGGGCUGUACCAAAACAGAGGUUGAUCAUGCUGGGAGAAUGUGGCAUGAAAGAAUGGGAGAGACGAGCGCUCAUGAAGAACUCCGUCACAAUUCUGCAGGACUUAGUGGUGGAUGAUCUGCUGAUCCAGUGUCUACAACAAGAUGGGAUCCUUACAGAAAACAUGGCAGAAGCCAUUAUGGCUAAACUGACAUCCCAGGGCAAGAGUGGUCAUUUGUUGCUUCUUUUGCCUAAACGUGGCCCUCAAGCUUUUAGCAGCUUCUGUGCUGCUCUUAUGGCGACAGAGCAACAGCACCUCAGCAGACUGCUCAUGGACUUCACAGGGAAAUGCAAAAGCUUUUCAGAGCCUUUACGGUCUUGUCCAACUCAGGAAUAUGUUAUACCAGUGAAAAGAGCCCGGACUCAAGAGUCCAUGGAGAUGUGUUUGGACGCUGACUCUCCUGUGACCACAGCUGUUGUUCCCUACCCAGAAUUUUACCAGUCCCAUAGAUCACAGGCGUACUCGAUGCGCUCCUGCCCGCGAGGACUGGCUCUGGUGCUGAGUAACGUGAGGUUUGACUCAAACACUGACACUGAUUUAGGCGUCCGAAGGGGAGGAGAAGUGGAUGAGGAGACGCUGAGGAGACUCUUUAUGGAGCUGGAUUUCACAGUCAGCCUUCACAAAGACCUAACGGCGGAUGCAAUGCGCAGGUAUCUAGAAGAGUUUGCCCAGCAGAAGGAGCAUGCAGAGUAUGACUGCACUGUUGUGUGUUUACUGUCACAUGGAGUUGAGGGAUCUGUCUACGGCACUGAUGGACAGCUGCUGCAGUUGGACUGGGUGUUCAAGAUUUUUGAUAACGCCCACUGCCCUCCACUCCAGAAUAAGCCAAAGAUGUUCUUCAUUCAGGCUUGUCGAGGAGAGGAAAUGGACAACGGCGUGGACCAGUUGGAUGGGCAGGAACAGACUCAGUCUCCAGGCUGUGAACAGAGGGAUGCUGGCAGAGAGGGGGAGAGAGACGACGAAGAGAGAGAGGAGAUAGACAGAGAGAGACUGAGAGUCAAACUGCCCCAGAGAUCCGACAUGAUCUGCGGCUUUGCUACCCUCAAAGGCACUGCUGCGAUGAGAAACACCAAGAAAGGGUCCUGGUUCAUCCAGGAACUGAACACCACAAUCAGACAGAGAGCCAGCGACACACACCUGGCAGACAUACUUGUGCAGGUGAACAAUCAGAUUAAAAGCAGAGAGGGAUACGCUCCUGGUUCAGCCCAUCAUCGCUGUAAAGAGAUGUCAGAGUUCACCAGUUCCCUCUGUAAAGACCUCUACCUCUUCCCUAAGUACUACCCCAACAACUAGACACACACACAUACACACACAUUCCCAAGGCAUAAAGCACAUGCAGAACACACUGCCCUAGGAAGUGAUAUUGAUGCAGUAGCAGUAGCUCAGCGCUCCCGUGUGUGUGUGUGUGCGUGUGUACAUCCAUCACCUGCUGCAAGCUCAGCACACAACACACAGAGUCAUGUAAAUCUACUUACACCCGUUCAGAUGUGUCAUCUGUUUCACAUUCCCCAGCACAAUGACAGGCUCAUAGGAUGUGUGUUAUGUACAGUGGAUUUGCCAAGAUGGAUCAGAUUCUGUGUUUUUAUCUUCUUGGGUGCACUUAGAAAAUGCAUGAUCAAAAGCAUUCUCCAUUUAUUCCUAUUUUUUUGACCAUUGAAAUAUGCUAAGGAAAGGGUAAAGAUGCCAUUUGUGAGUAUAUGUGAAAAAAAUCCAUUUGUUUUCCUGAUUUAUAGCGGGAAAUGGGGGUUAAAAAUAAGCAAUUUGUAUUACUUUUUUAUUAUUUGUUUAUUGAGCAGAUGUAUACAAUUUGCCACAGAAUUAGCCUUUUUUAACCAAAGCCAACAUUUUAUCAGUCUUUUGAUUUUUUUUUUAAUCUAUUUGUUUUCAUUCUUUUUUGUAAAUUUUUUUCUCAGUAAUUCAUUUUCUGUAUGUUCUGCAAUUGUGGAGCCUUUUUAAAGCCAGCCUGAAAUCUUGUUGGUACGUUCAGAGCAGCUUAAUGAUACACCCCUCAUCAUCUGUCACACAUACAGUACACGGUUGUAUGCAUAGACAUGCAUAGUAACAUUGUGCCAGUACCAUACUAAACUCCUCCAUAGUACCAUUUCACUUAUUAGAUUGGAGCAGAGCAGAUCUGCUCUUACUUUAUCUUUUAACGUUCUCUUUAAGUACUGUGGCAUGACAUCUGUCCAUUUUCUUUAGUUUAGCCUGUGUGGACCAUGGAAGCUUUUUUUACAUUUUGAUAGGGCUUCCUGACUCAAGUUAAAAGUUAAACUGUUUAUCCAUUUUGCUUAGCAUAUAAUAGUUAUUUUUUAAAUCAUUACUAAGAUGCAUAUCAUAACACUUGAUCGUUCUCCAGACAUUUGUGAAUUUCCAGGUGCAUUCCAAAUGGUGUUUCCACUCGUUUAUAUGUCCUUCUAACAAGUUUUGUAAUUAUUCCUGUGCAUAUGCGUGUUUCUCUUACUUUUGCACAUUUCUUUACACUACAAACAUUCUGUGUCGUAUUGAAUGUACACUAUGGAGACUCAAAGUAUGCUGUCUUAAAGAAAAGCCUGCAGGUGGCGGUAGAGAGCUUUUGCCCAUUUUAUCAGCUCCCUUUUGUCAUUUAGGGCUUCCAGGAUUUAGACACACAGUCUUCCUGCUCUGCACACACAACGUUAUUCCUCCUGGGGAUAUAGACUGUAAAUUUAAGCUGUUUUCCAUGUGUGUAUGCAUCUUCUUGAUCCACUAGGCAUGACCUUUAGGUUAAUGGUUGCAACCUUUGACCUUUUGACACUGCCAUGGCAUGCCUCAAACUUUCUUCUUCAUUCCACACUCGUCACCUUUACCAUAGGUUAUCACUCAAGAGGUUAGAAUGGUUUAUCUAGAUAUACACCGUUCAUGCUGAUAUUGGAAUCAAACAACUGUUGCUUUUUUGGUUUUAUUUUGGUAUUUUUACUAAAAAGCUUCUUUUGAACUGGUAGAAUAAUAUGGGCAUACUGUAGUUUCAUUUCAACCGAACAUUAAAAGUGUAAAAAUAAGGGUCUUGUGCAGAACUAAUAUAUAAACUUAUAUACGUCUUUUCUAAUGUAAACAGUGCCAUGAUUUAGAAAAAAAAA